AUGGAGGCUACUAUAUCCCCGGGCAGACACCUCAAGGGAGCCUGUUCAGUAACCAGACAGAGUGGUCAUCCUAAUUUUGACUGCAUACACUUACAAAGUGUACAGUACCCACACCCUUUUGAAAAACCCAUAGAUCUUUGCGGCGAAUCUUUAGAAGAAAGAGUAGGUGGUUGUUUUAAUUGGUUCUCCAUAAAGCAAAAAGAUGUUUGUGUGGCAAAGGGGCAACAAGCUAGUGAACUCGGUAGUCCACUUAUAUUUCGGUUUCCAUGUGACAAGUAUGGUGCACAUUCUCGACCUUUAUAUUUUUCUAUUUUUUAAGGCGCAGUUCAUUUCUGGACAUGUUUUUUGCCGGGUAGAAGUUUCAUACGACAGAAAAACAGCCAAGUGGUCGUGCUGUUGCUGUCAGAUGAAAAUAUCCUGUAUACACAAAGCAGCGUUCAAAUGAUACCUCUACCAAGAAGAGCGGCAUCUACUUGAGGAUCCAACGACUGAAACUCAACAAGACUACAAAACAGGCGAAAGAAACAGACAAGGACACAGAAAGCAUAGGUGUUGA